AUGAGCAGCAUGCGCAACCCGCGGAAAUGGAGCAGUGGUGGCCAUGCGCUCUCGAUCAUGAGCUACAACGUCCUCGCGCAGUGCUACGUGCGCUCGUCCUUCUUCCCGUACUGCGACAGCAAGGCGCUGCGCUGGAAGAACCGCAGCCAGCUCCUCAAGAACCAGUUUGCUGCCCUUCCGCACCGCCCCGACGUCAUUUGCCUCCAGGAGUGCGACCAGUACGAGACGUUCUGGAAGGACACGAUGGCGUCGAUGGGCUAUGCGGGCAUCUACGCGCAAAAGACCAGCGCCAAGCAAGACGGCGUCGCGAUCUUCUGGCAGCCCGACCGACUCGAGCUCUUGCACAGCGAGCACGUCCACCUCAAGCACGCUGCUGCCAACGCGAUCGACGCCGACCUCGGCCGCCGGCUCCUCGCACGGGAUAACGUCGGGCUCGUCGGGCAGUUUCAGUCGACUGUCGACGGCGCGCAGAUCGUCGUUGCGACUACCCACCUCUUCUGGGACCCGAAAGAGGCCGACGUCAAGCUCGCGCAGACGCAGCACAUGUUGGCUGCGAUCGCGUCCUUCACUGCCACGCGCGGUGGCAGCGUCUUCUUUGCCGGUGACUUCAACUCGCUGCCCGACAGCGACGUGUACAAGCACAUCACAGCGACGUACGCCAGUGCGUAUGCGGCGUACGCGGGUGGUGGUGAGCCGGCGUUCACCAACUGCAACGGCGUCAACGCCGACGGGUCGCCUGCGUUUGUGGGGACGCUCGACUACAUCUUCUACGACCGCGCGAGGGUCGACGUUGCGGGCUUGGCACCGCUCAUGUCGUUGGCCGAGGCCACGUGCGAAGGCGCCUUGCCCAACCGACACGUGGGCUCAGACCAUCUCCCGCUGCUUGCCGAGUUUGUGGUCAAAGCGAGCUCGUAG